AUGGCGUUCCAGAUAUCGAUCGGAGAUGCCUUGAUGCUAUCGAAACUCGCCUAUGACAUUGCUCUAGCAUUCACGUCGGGCAGGAAGUCGGCACCCGCACAAUUUCAAGAAGUGCAAAACCAGCUCUACUCACUCAGCACAGCCUUGGAAUCAUUCAAGUCGCUGUCCACUGAAGGCGAAGAACAGACCAAUCAACGCCCGGUGGAUGGGAUUUCAGCAAUCAUCCAAAACUGUCGCAUGACCCUCAAGCAUCUUGAACUGCUAGUGAACAAGUACAUGGUAAUACAAGAUCAAGAUGAUAAAUCCAAGCCACAAAAAAGACAGUGGUCAGCUGAGAUAUCCAAAAACUGGAAAAAGGUGCAAUGGACAAGGGAGGGAGGUGAUCUAGCGAAACUGCAGCACAACCUGGGAGUCCAUAUCAAUAGCUUGAAUCUUGCUGUUGCGGUCACAAACAGUAUCCUAUAUGAGUCUCAUCGCCCGCUUGAAUGGACUAUCGCAAUCUUGGAAAAUCUGGCUAUCCUCAGCCAAAGUAUCCAAACUUACGCCUUUGGUAAUACGAAAUAUCCACCCAUCACCUAUUGUCCUGGCUCUAUCGAGAUGAUUCAGAUGGUUCAUUACCGGAAUUUGAGUGAAAGCCGCGAGUGGAUAUUUCACGAGACCGCUGAUGUUAUGUUUCAUUUACAAUCAGAGAAGGGCCAUGUUAGCUCAUUGGAUGAUCGCGUUGUUAGAUUGCACUUUACUAUUGACUGCCAAACAAGGUUCACCGUCGGAGAAAGCACAUCAACUGUUUGCGUUAAUCAAACAGAUUGCCUCUCUGUGACUGAAGCUGGCCAGGAGAACAUGGCCAAAGGCGUCGAUGCUGAGAUAGAGCUUUGUGACGACAGUACUGCAAACUAUCUCUUUCGUCAGUUGAAGUAUUUGCAAGAGGGCUUGCUGUUCUUCAAAAUCCAACAAAUCCAGAGAUACGAGAAACUUGUAUUCCAAUUACCCCUUGGUCUCCUAAUGAUAUACAACUACCACCUUGCCGACGCAACGCUAAGACUCGGAUUAAACGUCGAGAAAGACGUAUAUCGUCUCCUCCUCUCUAAUGGAUCUAAGUCUAUCUCCCUGAGCAUCGAGGUGCCACCGGAAUCGCUAAGUCAAAUCCCGGGAACCGAGGAGCCAUGUAUCUCCCUGAAUGCUCUCAACAGUUACUUGCGUUAA